AUAUAAUCUUUUAAAAAAUAUAUAAAUUAAUAUAAUUUUAAAAUUAAUCAAAUUGAUGAAUAAACUAAAAAGGGACAUUUGAAAAUUGGCAAUCAAGCUUUCACUGGAAAAUGGACUCUUCAACGGCAAAUUCUGUAUCAAACUCCCCCAUAUCCUCCGCUCCUCAAUCUCCGCCGCCUCAACAACAUCAGGUUCCAACCCUCACGCUUCUUAAAGAUGUGAAGAAGGAGGAAGUAAUCGAAGAUCCUCUUGAUCAUAUGGAGAAUGAGCAGGUUGAGAAGUUCAAGAGGUAUGAAGCUGAGGCGAGGAGAUAUUUAAUGUCCAAGUACUUUUCAGACAAGACUAUUUUUGGAGGAAACAUCUUUGAUGUAAAAAUGGGUAUAAAUGGAGAGCAAGUAAAAGUAAGCAGGUUUCCUGGGUACCAGUCAUAUGCAGAUCCCGCUAAUUUUAAUGAUGAUAGCGGUAGCGACUCAGCCUCUACAGUGGAAACUUCAUCCCAGACUCAGAGUGCUAAUGGGCAGCAACCUUCCCAAAAAGGAUCCCAAUCUUGAAAAUUUCUUUCAUUCGAUAGCGUCCUCUUGCUCAGUAGAAAUCUCCUGGACUUGUUUUAAUGAUAAUCUAGCAAAAAAGAUUAUCCUAAAGUCAAUUUAAGUCUUCAGCUUAUUGAGGGCAUGACCAUGUAUAGGAAGGUAUAGAGGUAAAGGAUUAAGGUAGAAGGGUAGUAUGAAAGCAAAGUAUUGUCAGACUUUUAUGUGGGUUGGCAAGGGGUCAAUCCCUUCUUCUCAUCUUCUCUUUGUUUAGUUGUAUUAUUUUGUAUCGUAGUAUCUUAUUCUUCAAUUCUCACUAUAACUUGUUGCUUCA